GCGGGAGAGGAGCGGCGGCCGCGCUGAGCCAGAGCCAUGAGCCACCAGAUCCUGCUGCUCCUGGCCGUGCUGACCCGGGGCCUGCCCAUCUCCCAACAGCAAGAUAAGGCGCCCUGUGAGAUGGUCGACAAGGAGGUAUCGUGCCAGGCUCUUGGCCUGCUCCAGGUCCCGUCGACGCUCCCGCGAGACAUCGAGGCCCUCGACCUAUCUGGAAACCACCUGCGGAGCAUCCUGGCCUCACCCCUGGGCUUCUACACGGCACUUCGCCAGCUGGACCUGAGCACCAAUGAGAUCAGCUUCAUCCAGACGGGGGUCUUCCAGGCCCUGCCUCACCUGGAGCACCUCAACCUGGCCCAUAACCGCUUGGCGGCGGGUACCGUGCUGGGUACCCCUGGCCUGGGCCCCCUACCUCAUGUGACCUCUCUGGACCUGUCCGGGAACAGCCUGUACAGUGGCCUGGUGGAGCAGCUGCUGGGGGAGGCGCCCGCCCUGCGCGCCCUCUCGCUGGCGCAGAACAGCCUCACGCGCUUGGGCCGCCGCACCUUCUGGGGUACGCCCGCGCUGGAGCGGCUGGACCUCCACAGCAACGUGCUCAUGGACAUUGAGGAUGGAGCUUUCGAGGCCCUGCCCCACCUGGCCCACCUGAAUCUCUCCAGGAACUCCCUCACCUGCAUCUCUGACUUCAGCCUCCAGCAGCUGCGUGUGCUUGACCUGAGCUGCAACAGCAUCGAGGCCUUUCAGACGGCCCCGGACCCGCAGGCUGAGUAUCAGCUGGCCUGGCUCGACCUGCGGGAGAACAAACUGCUCCACUUCCCAGACCUGGCCUCGCUUCCCAGACUCCUCUACCUGAACGUGUCCAACAACCUCAUCCAGCUCCCGACAGGGCUGGCCCAGGGCGGUGAGGGCAUCCACGCACCUUCUGAGGGGUGGUCGGCCCUGCCCUUCUCCAACCCCAGCCGGAAUGCCAGCGGCCACGCCCUCUCCCAGCUCCUGAAUCUGGAUUUGAGCUACAAUGAGAUUGAGCUGGUCCCCGAGGGCUUUCUUGAGCCCCUGACCUCCCUUCGCUUCCUGAAUCUCAGCCGGAACUGCCUGCGAGCCUUUGUGGGGCUGCGUGCCGGCUUCCUGCCUUGCCUCGUGCACCUGGACGUGAGCCACAAUGCGCUGGCGACGCUGGCGCUGGGCACCAGAGCCCUGGGGUCCCUGCGGACGCUGCUUCUCCAGGACAACGCCCUGCAGGACCUGCCCCCAUACACUUUCACCGGCCUGGCCAGUUUGCAGAGACUGAACCUUCAGGGAAACCAGGUUAGGCCUUGUGGGGGGCCGGCGGGGCCUGGGCCCCUGGGCUGUGUGGCCUUCUCUGGCCUGUCCUCCCUCCGCAUCCUGAACCUGGUGGGCAAUGGGAUGGAACGGCUGCGGGCGGGUGCCUUCCUCCACACGCCACUUACAGAGCUGGACCUGUCAGGGAACCCGGGGCUGGAUGUGGUCUCGGGGGCCCUGGCAGGCCUGGAGGCCUCCUUGGAGGUCCUGGCCCUGCAAGGCAACGGGCUGGCUGUCCUCCAGGUGGACCUGCCCUUCUUCAGCUGCCUUAAGCGUCUCAACCUGGCCGAGAAUCGCCUGAGCCACCUGCCGGCCUGGACGCAGGCCGUGUCCCUGGAGGUGCUGGACUUGAGGAACAACAGCUUCAGCCUCCUGCCGGGCAGUGCCAUGGGAGGCCUGGAGUCCAGCCUGCGGCGCCUCUACCUGCAGGGCAACCCACUAAGCUGUUGCGGCAAUGGCUGGCUGGCUGCCCAGCUGCACCGGGGCCGUGUGGACGUGGACGUGACCCAGGACCUGACCUGCCGCUUCGGCUCCCAGGAGGAGGUGGCCCUGAGCCACGUGCGCCCCGAGGACUGUGAGAAGGGAGGACUCAAGAACAUCAACCUCAUCAUCAUUCUCACCUUUGCGCUGAUCUCGGCCAUCCUCCUCACCACCCUGGCCACCUGUUGCUGUGUCCGCCGGCAAAAGUUCAACCAACAGUACAAAGCCUAGAGAAGCCAGGGGGCUGCAGAGUGGCACAGUGGGGAGACCUUCUGGGUCAGCCGGGGAGCCAGAGGCCCGGACAGGGGUGGGGACUGACCCAAGGUCACACGGUGAGCCAGGGUCAGGGAAUGGUAGUCUCUCCAUCCCAGCCCAGGGCUCCUCUCCUCAUGUCCCGCAGUCAUGGUGGACGACCCACAUCCCAGGCCACACGUGGGGGCCAGCCAUGGGGGCCAGAAGUUGGGCACUUUCAGGAGCGACAGAGAAUAAGGCUGACCUGUUCGAUCAGCAGAUCUCUGCCAGGCAUCUGUUCCAUGCCAUAUCCAGCUCCAGGCGCUGGGGAUGCCGGUAAAGGAGACACACCCUGCCCUUGAGGGUUCCAAGUCCUGUCAGGGAGCUGCUUGCGAAGCCACAUGGUGACCACACAGGGUGGGAGGCCAGGGCUCGGGGACGCUGCAGCCCCCCAGCUGGCUGGGGAGUGGAGGGUCUCACCCCUGCCAGGGCCAGAGCGCAGGAGGGGCAAGACCAGGAAGACUCAUCUGAAAUGUAUCCAAGCAGACCAUUGAUCACAUCUUCCCAUAAUGACUUUCAGCUUCUCUGGAGCAUGAAGAGCUCAUGGGUGGAAGGGAACCAGAGGCCCACGAGUAGGUCUUGGAUCUGGCUCUGUGGCUGCAGCAGCUCCCAUGGAGCCUGGACUUCCCACCCCAGUGCUGGACCAUUCCAUUUUCGGCUCCCACAGGCUCUUUCCCUGCCCAGCACUCCCAGGGUGCAGAUACUCACCCCCGUACUGCUCUAGGCCCCCACCUCCCUCCACAGCGCCCCAGCGCCCACACCCUGGCUGGUGAACCAGGAGCUAGAACCUUAGGUCUUUGGUUCUGUUUUACACCUGGCUUGCUGGAGGUGGGGACAUGUCUGUGUCUUUAUGAGGUUGCUCAGAGGUUGCUAUUUAACCCAUUUUAUGGAAACUCCCAAACUCUCCCUUCAGGGUCCUCCAGCCAAGAAAUGCCAGACCUGAGAUUCAGGCUCAGCUCCUCCUGUCUCCUCUGCCUGACCUUUGCCACUGUGGGGUGGACAGGAAAUGGCUCCAUGUCGAGGGAGCAGGGCCUGGGAGCAUCCUUUGGGGCAUAUGUCCACCCACCCCUCUCCCUCCUCUCUUCCCGGCAGACAGUCCCAGGCUGCCUCCUCCGCCUCAGUUUCCCUUUUUCCCUUCUUUGCAGGCUGGUGUGUGCUCAUCUUUUUCUCUUGCUCUUGCGUUCCCUGUUCAUUGAGCAAGAGCCUGGAGUUUGAGAACAUGGAGGCCAACCUCGCCCAUUGCACAGAUAGGGAAACUGAGGCUGAGGAAGAGACUGGAACUUAGAGAUUCACAAGCCAGUGGCAAAGCCCAUGACUAAAGUGGAUUCAGAGCUCAUUGCAAGUGUGAAGGGGACUUGGGGGCUGGACCUGAGUGAUGUCCUUCUCGCUCAGCUGUCCUAUCACAAGAUAAUUCUGGCUCCAAACAUUUUUGGGUCCUCGUCAUGCAGGGACUUUUUCCACCCUGCAAGAGUGGGUAGAAAAACCCAUCUAGAUAUAACCCCCUUUUCCUCAUGCCCUUGGAAUCAUGGCCUGUCCAGGAAGCCCGGGGUCAGCCCAAGUCCCUCUGUUGUUGUCUUCACUAUCUUACCCAUGCUUAGCCCACGGUCUGGCUCAUGGUGGUGCUCGGUAAAGUUCGAGACAAUGAAAACACCCCUCUCUCUGCCCCAUUUCAUAGACGAGAAAACCGAGGCUCAGAGAGGGUCAAGGACUCAGGGAGUCAGUGGCAGAGUCGAGGCUAGAAGCUGGUGUCCUGGCCUCAACCUAGGGCCCUGGUGGCGUGUGGGGCAGCCAGGUGGACCCAGUCCUGGUUGGGAUCACAACCACAGGUGCUCGCUGCACAGAAACACUCUUCCUCAGGCCUGGAGGGCAAGGUGUGGGCCCCUUCAGGCCUGAUUUCUGAAAACACUACACAACGCUGCUCUCACCUCCAGGAGCCAGGCCACAACGCCGGCCUGGGGACCAGCUCUUUGUAUAACCCACAUGAAUGUAUUAAAAUAUAAUUUUGGAGAAA